CUUAGACUGAUUACAUAGCUAGCGUGAAUAAAUAUAUAAUAAGGAAGUGACGGAAGCCCAGAAGGGCCGUGCGUUAUUUCUUUUUUUUUCUCUUGUGAUCUCAGGAUAACGAAAGUUGUUUUCUCGAGAUCACUUGUUUUUCUUGUGAUGCCAAGAGAAUGAAAGUUGUUUUCUUGAGACGAUGACUUCUUUUUCUCAUACGUUGUAAUACGUUACUCUAUUGGUCCCAAAGGGGAAAUUUGAGAAAAAUAAUAUUGAACUCUGGUAUAAGUCACAACAAUACCACUACCGCUUUACUAGCUAUUUAGUGUUCAGGCACCUCCUGAUUAAAGUAAAAACAGAAGUGCUCAUCCAUGAGGUGUAGUAUGUAUGCCUAAUAAUGCAUUUCAACAUAUGAGAAAAAUAAGUUGUGAUCUCAAGAAAACGUUUGCUUUCACAAGACCACAAGAAAAAAUAAAUCUUGACAAAGCAACUUUCCUUAUCUUGGGAUCACUAAAAAUAUGUCAUGAUCUCGAGAAAACAACUUCAGGAAGUUCAGCAUGAGGCAACGGUUUAAACGAUGUUGCAAAUGUAGGUGUGUUUGAAAAUGUAAUUUAGGUAGCUUUCUGACAUUGCUGAAGAAACGUCUUAACGUCUCCUCACCUGUGUAUAGAUAAUAACAAUAAAAGCUGGAUAACAGUCAAGAAAGAGACAAAAAUGUCUGUGUGUGUUUGUGUGUGUUUGUGUGUAUUUGUGUGUACUUCCUGUGGAAAAAUCUUGCAGAGGGUGAGCAGUGUUCAUGUUUUUAUAUCUUGAUGAGGUCAUUUUCAUGGGGAUAUUUGGUUGGUUGGUUUGGUGGAAAUCUAUUUUUUCCCCUUAUAGUUACUGAGAAUAAGGUUUGGGUUACAAUAGUAAGAUGUGUGUGUGUGUGUGUGUGUGUGUGUGAUAGGCAGGAAACCUACACCAGUCCUGUAACAACUGUGUAGAAAUCUUUUUAUGAGGAAGUAGGAGUGUGUGUGUGUGGUAAACUGUCCUUGGUUUCUGCUUCCUCGUAACCUAUACAUUACCUGUAGAGAGUGUUACCUACUUUACAUGACAGGUGUGUGUGUGUGUGUGUGUGUGUGUGUAUGUGUGUGCGCGUCUUUGUCGUCAUCUCACAUCUACCUGCGAGCUCGAGUGCAGUGAGAGGGUGCAGACUGAUCAACGCUCAGAAAGGAGAUAAUGGACUGACACGGUGGUGACCAGAGUCUGAACUGAUGGACUGGACUUUUAACAGCAGAUGGUGUGAAGCUCACUGAUUAAAGACUUCUUCAGGAUGAGAUGUCACAUGAAAACGCUUGUAAAGACACUUGUUGGUCUCUUCAUCCUUACCUGCUUGUAUAUCUCCAUGAGGAGAGCACAAGAGACAGAGCAAGAGAGAGAACCCAUGGAUGCUGCUUGGCUUAUUGGGAACUACAGCAGUGAAAAAUGCUCUCAGGAACCUCAGGAAAAUAUCCCAUGUCUCAGAUCUUCGGUUCGAGUGUUAGCAGGAGAUAUUCUGCCUCAGCAAAGGUACCUCACCGUGGGUCUCUCUUCUGUGAAGAGGAAGAAAGAGAAUUAUCUUCUACAAACCCUUCACUCCAUCUUCAAUCAGUCGUCGGAGGAGGAGCUUUCUGAGAUGGUGGUUGUGGUUCUUCUGGCUGAUUUUGACCUGACAUGGGUUCACAAAACCCUAACCAGCAUUAAUAAGCUUUUUCCAAAAAGACUGAUCCAGGGUCAGCUUCUGGUAAUCCACGCCGACGAGGAAAACUACCCUCCUUUGACAGGCCUGAAAAGGAACUUUAAUGAUGCUCCAGAUCGCGUGACCUUCCGCUCCAAGCAGAACGUAGACUACGCGUUCCUGGUGGACUUCAGUGCCAGGCUUUCCAAGUAUUACAUCAUGCUGGAGGAUGAUGUGAGCUGCUCUAAAGGAUUUUUGUCCUCCAUUCGAGGUCACAUUCAUUCAAAAGGAUCUUCGCCAUGGGUGACACUCGAAUUCUCCAAGCUGGGAUACAUUGGGAAACUGUAUCACUCUAAAGACCUCCAUCGUCUGGCUCACUUCCUCUUUUUGUUCUACCAGGAAAUGCCUUGUGACUUUCUACUUUCACAUUUCCGUACUUUGCUAAUGCAGGACAAGGUCAUCCGCUUUCGCCCGUCCCUCUUCCAGCACAUGGGAACGUAUUCGUCUUUCCAGGGAAUACAUAAUCGCCUCAAAGAUGAUGACUUCCAUGAUAAUCCUGGUGAUAACCCCCCAGCCACUGUUUACACUGACAUUGAAGUUUUUGGAAAUCACAAUCCAGACAAAGCCUACAGUCAAGGAGCAAACUAUUUCUGGGGCAAGACCCCUAUAAAUGUUGGGAACUUCUUUUUCGUGGCUUUCGAGAAACCAUACAUCCUCUCAAGUAUUGUGAUUCAGACAGGGCAGGAUGGGACGGACAUUCUUCAGUCUGCUGAUGUGGAGCUUGGGGAAACUGUGGUGAAAAGAACAAAUGGAGUGGAGUGCGCAGAAAUUCACAAGUUAGGAAUCCUAAACAAGGGAUAUUUUGAGAUUCAUAACAUUCACCAGACAGUGAACAGAUCAGUAUUGUGUUUAAAAAUGAGAGUGACUGCAAGUCAAUCAAACUGGGUGAUCAUAAGAAACAUCCAGGUCUGGUUAAAGAAAUGAGGUAGUAUAUGGAGUAGGUCAAUCACUACAAUGCAGGGAGAAUUAUUAAAUACUUACAGUCGGACCCGAAUGUCUCACCUCACAAUCGAGAACACCUUUUAUUUCAUCAGUUAUGGGAAAGGAGGAUGAUUCGAGUAAAUGGGUGUCUUGUAUCUAAGAGACCAUAAACAAAAUGUGUCAUGAGACCCUAAAAUAAGAUUGAUUGCAUCAUUCCGUGAACCCGGAAACGGAUGUGAGCGAAUCAGGACCAAAUAUGUGCUUUUUGUGCUGUAGAGUUUUUCCAAAAUAUCAUAUCAAUAUCUAAUGAAAGUAGAUUUACAAUUAGAUGGGACCAAAUUUUACUAAUAAGCUAUAAAAAAGAAAUGAUAACGCCAACAUAGCAUUGGGUAGGCAUUGUAGAGGGAACUGAAUUUGUUAAAAUGGUGGCCUUGGGGUAAACUUAGACAUUUAGGCAUUUGAUGGGGGCAAAAAUGAGCCAUGGCUCCUAUUAGCCCACAUUACUGGUGAUGGGAAUAGACUCUGUAAAUGGGGAACAUGCACUCAGGUAAUAACACAAUUUAUAUAUGAAAUGUGUGUUUAAUAUUACAGGUUACAAAGGGAAAAUGGCAAAUAACUUCAUAGACCAUUUCACUGAGGUAAACAAUAGCAAAGGUACUACAAAAAAGUAUAGCAAUAAAACAAUAGCAAAGGUAUUUUUCAAUGUAAAGCUGUCAAACCAGUAUGAGUAGAUCUUGAGUUUCGAAAAAAGCGAACAAAUGCUACAUACAAACAGGAACAAUACAUGACUGAUUGUAAUUCCCCAAUCCUGUGAGAAAAUGUGAGACUUUUUUUUUCUCAAGUGACUACCCCGAUGCAUGUUAUUACAUUGUUGAUACGGCGUGUGUUUACACAAGAGAGACAGUGAAAUCUUAUCGUAGUUUGGACGCUUAGAAUGACUUUCUUAGUGGAAAAGUGGGAAAUAUUUGUUCUUAUGAUUGAGUCUGUGUUGGGUUGGUGAAAUUUGAGAUAAAAUGUCUGCUUCAGAUCCUGGAGUUAGUGUGUAUCCAGCAAUCACUGCAGCAAUUAAAGUCAAUCUAUUUCCAAAAGACAAAGCACAGCAAAAUGCUUGGAUUAAGUGAUUAGGUGUGCUUUGUCUUUUGGAAAUGGAUGCACUUUAAUUUCUAAAAGAAAGGUUGUUCCUAGCCUGAGGGAACUUCCACAACUUAACAAUAUGGUGUUAAUUUUAAAUAGGACAUUCUGUCAUUAAAUCAAGUUGCCAGUCACAUAAAAAAGAGGCUUAUACCAUUAUGGUUCUUCUCGUGUUUUAAAUGAUGUUUACCUUCAACAAGAUAUGUUCUAGGAACAGCAACAUCACUUUCUGCGCUCUUGAAUGCUCAUUUGAAAUUUUUUAGAUGCAAAACAAACACGUUCACUUAAAAAGCUAGAGUAGGGAGAAGAAGAAGGGACCUGUGAAAUUAAUGAAAGGGAAUCAAAAGUCAAUGCAAUUGGCAACAAAGGAGUGGACAGUUGAUCGGUUAACACUCCAAAGUUUAAGAAGCAAGAGGCAGAAGAAAGUUGGGGUUAUGCCAGGACAAGACAAUCUAACAGGACACUGGUAUUGAUAACCCAACUUUUACUUUCAAGAGAAAUGAUCAAGAAUCUUUCUCGACUCCCCAAACCAAAAAGUAUCAGCGACACUGCCAUGAAAGAGAGUUUGUGUUUCUUGUAACAUUGACAGGUGGAAUGUGAAGAAGGUAAGAGAGCUGUCCUCUCAGGGUUUAGUGGUGUUUAUAACACAGGAGUUUACUUAAGUCGUAUGCCUUAGCCUACAGUAUCUAAAUAGGUCUCUUAAGUUUAUAGCAGAACUCUGGGGAUACACUUUUUUUUUUUGGAAAUAAAAUUCUCAUGAGGAGGAUAUAAUGACCCUGCAAUGUUUUCUCUUGUCUAAUAAACACUGUGCUACUUUCAA